AACGGGAAAUGGCGCUCUUUAUUCCCAUGUAAACAACAUUCCGGCAGCUGGUUCCAUUCUGCUUCAAGCGCUUGUGUAUCGUGUUAAAAAUCGUAUUUGCUUCACAAACCUUUCAUUUCGCAAUGGUCGAACGAAUCGAGGAUCUGAACCUGCCCAACACAUCGGUGACCAGGCUGAUCAAGGAAGCGAUUCCGGCCGAUGUGAAAAUCUCCAGCGAAUGCCGCGUCGCGCUAGCCCGGGCAACUUCCGUGUUCGUCCUGUAUCUCACAUCGGCGGCCACCACGGCAGCGCAGCAAAAGAAUCAAAAAUCGCUCACAGCCGACCACGUGCUUAAAGGGCUGGAGGAAAUCGAGUUCGAAAGUUUCAUCGAGCCGUUAAAAGGCGAACUGGAGAAUUUUAGAAAGAUGAUAAAAUCACGAAAAGACAAGAAAGCGGCCAAACCGGAUACGGAUACGACGGUGGAAGGUGCGGUAAUUGAUUUGGAGAACAUGGAAAACAUGCAGGACGGUUGAAUGGCGAGCCUCGCGCGCACGUUAGCGGUUAAGGAAUAAACGAUAUUAUUUUGUAAUAUUAAAAACGCACGGACCCGA